UUACUGCGUUGCGGUUUGUUGAUAGUGUUUCAGAAUAUAGUUUUACGAAAGAUUUACACGGUUUUUGCUCAAUUCAAAUUUAUAACAAAAUGAAGCCUAAUACUCUUGUAGCCGAUGAAAUGUUUCCAGAAGGUGGUGGAUCUUAUAUCGAAUUAGAAGAGGUCGGAGGUAGUCGUUUAUUAGUUGACUUAACUGCAAGUGAAAAAGCAGUACAUGCAGACUUUUUCAAUGAUUUCAAUGACUUAUACGACGAUGAUGAUCUCGAAUAA